UAAUAACCCUAACCCUAAUGUCAUCGCUAUAAAUUGUCAAUCAUUUUUUGGCUAGCCCCUGGUUCACCCCAGGGGUUUCGAAGCAGAACAGGGCUCUCAUUUUUCCUUGAGUGUUUUCGACCAUGGUGAACGUUCCCAAGACCAAGAAGACAUACUGCAAGAGCAAGGAGUGCAGGAAGCACACCGUACAUAAGGUCACUCAAUACAAGAAGGGCAAGGACAGCCUUGCUGCUCAAGGUAAGAGACGUUAUGAUCGCAAACAAUCAGGUUAUGGAGGACAAACCAAGCCCGUUUUCCACAAGAAGGCCAAGACAACAAAAAAGAUUGUCCUGAGGCUUCAGUGUCAAGGUUGCAAACAUGUGUCUCAACACCCCAUCAAGAGGUGCAAGCACUUUGAGAUCGGUGGAGACAAGAAGGGCAAGGGAACAUCUCUGUUUUAAAUUUCACUUUGUGUUUUUGUUCUUUUCUGAUCCUAAUGCAACUUAAGCCGGUAUGGCAUUUUGUUUAGUUCUGUUUUUGUUUUUGUCUAAUGUCGCCCAUGUUAAAACACUGAGUUGUUUGUUGAAAGCAGUUUAUGAAAUCAGUUAACUUCAGGAA